AUGUCUGGAUACUGGACCAAUAUUGUCUCCACCCUUACGCUUGUAAAGCUUAGGACGCUCUGCCAAUAUGUGAUUGUAGUUUACGUUAAAAUGUAUCAAAGACAAGAAAUUAUGCGAAACGAGGUGAGCAAUUCACUAGCAAAUUCUCAGGGAACUAAUACUCCUGCAGUCUGCAGAUGGAUAUAUGCACGUUUCUGUGUACUGAUGAGAGAGAAGAAGUUGAAGCCCAUCAGUUCCGUUCCAAAAAAAAUCAUGGGUGAAUUUGGAGGUGAAUAUGAAGAUGAUUAUAGCAAGUGGCCAGCGUGGCUCCGUCCACUUCUGCAAACGAGUUUCUUCGGUCAAUGCAAGGUUCACGCCAGUGCUCACAAGAGCGAAUGCAAUAUGUAUUGUUUGGACUGUAAGAACGGAGCACUCUGUUCCCUCUGCCUCAAUUUCCACGAAGACCAUCGAGCUAUUCAGAUUAGGAGGUCAUCGUAUCACGAUGUGAUAAGGGUUUCUGAGAUUCAAAAGUAUUUGGACAUAACAGGGGUUCAGACCUACAUUAUCAACAGUGCCAAAAUCGUUUUUCUGAACGAACGCCCACAGCCAAGGCCUGGUAAAGGCGUCACCAAUACUUGCCGAGUCUGUGAGCGUAGCCUCCUCGAUUCCUUCAAUUUCUGCUCCCUUGGCUGCAAGAUUACUGGGACAUCGAAUAAGUUUGAAAAGAGGAAGAAAAUGUGGGAGUGGGAUGAAUCCAUAGCCGGCGGCGGUACAAAAAGGCAUAAUAAACUGAUGAAGAACAAAAUACAGAGUUUUAGUCCAUCAACGCCUCCUCAGAGUUGGUCGAGCGGAAAAAGGAGGAAGGGAAUUCCUCACAGAGCUCCAACCGGAGGAAUUAUUAUAGAAUACUAA